AUGGCAUUUAGAAUAUCUAAGACUGCAGUGUCUAAUAUAGUGAUCGAGGUGUGUAUAGCUUUAUGGAAUUCAUUAAAAAACAAGCAUAUGUCUACAGUAGAUGAUUUUAAAAAUAUUGCAAACGAAUUUUAUAAGAAAUGGAAUUUUCCAAAUUGUGUUGGAAGUUUAGACGGAAAACAUAUCCGUAUGAAAUGUCCGAAAAACUCCGGGAGCAUGUUUUUCAACUAUAAACAAUACUACUCUAUUGUUUUAAUGGCAGUAGCUGAUGCCAACUAUAGAUUUGUUAUGAUAGAUGUUGGUUCGUAUGGUAAAGAUAGCGACGGCAGCGUCCUGUGUAAUACACAGUUUUAUCAACGUCUGGAAAAUGGUACAUUAAAACUGCCAAAACUGAGUAACUUGCCUAAUUCAAAUCUUAAAGCACCGUAUGUAUUUGUUGGUGACGAAGCUUUCCCGUUACGCAAUUAUAUAAUGAGACCCUUCCCUAGAAAACAAUUAGCAUCAGCUAAUGAUAAAAAACAUUAUAACUAUCGUCUUUCUAGGACAAGAAUGACUAAUGAGUGCGCUUUUGGGCAUUGCAUCUUCUAA